UGCAACAUUCAUUUUGAGGCUGUAGUGUGCUUGUUUAGUGAUCUUCAGUGAUACCAUCUCUUGAUGUAUUCACAUGACUAAGUGGGGGAUAUGAGCACACUUUACUGAACAGACAUGGAUCACUAACUGAAAGGUAGUGCAGUAGCCCACGCGCUGGCUAACCUACAGUAUUCCUGCUUGUGUGUAAAUGAAACAAGAUUUUAUUCUCAAGAUGGCCGACCUGGAAGUCUACUUGUAGCUUUGAUAUUUAUGCAAAUGAGCUAAAUGCCUGUGGCUUAUAUAGAGGAGGAAGUUCAUUUCACACAUGUCAAGAGUUCUCCAGGGUCAAGAUGGAUACCACAGAAGAACCUCAGAGAAAAGUCUUUAAGGCCCGAAAAAACAAUGAGAGUAAGCGAUCGGCAACAACUUGAGGCUGUCUAUAAGGUCAAAGAGGAGCUAUUGAAGACAACUGACAUUAAACUGUUAAAUGGCAAACAUGAAAAUGGAGAUUCUGAUCUUAAUUCUCCUUUAAGCAACACAGAUUGCAUGGAGGACAAAAAAGAGGUUAAUGGUUUAGUGGAUAUAUGUCUUAACCCUGAAGAAGGAAGAACUGAAAGUGAGGAAAUCUCUGAUGUCAAAAGUCCUGAUGUCAGGGCAGAGAACAAAGAUGGUGACUUAGAUUGCAAACCUGAAGCAUUGUCUCCUGAGAACGUUAUUUCUGAACUAGAGGAGGAGGACUCUAUUAUUGCUUCAAUCUCUGAGGGUGGAGAUCAGGUACUUGAUAACAAAAAAGAUGAUGACCUUCACGAAGAACAUAGAAUGAAAGAUAGUUUAGACCAAAGAGAGACAGAGCCCCCAUCUGAAGGUGAAAGCAAAGUAAGCUGUGAUGUUAAUGACUCUUCAGAAGAGAAAGCAGAAACAAAUGAAUUAGCUGUUAGUUCUGAUCUACCUGUUGAAGAAGAAAAAAGUGCUGAAGAAGAGGUUAUUGAUGAAGAUACUGUUGGGGAAGAAGCUAUAUCUAGCAGUAUGGAAACCGACCAGGAACCAAAGGAUGAAGAAGACCAAUCUGCAGAACUUCCAGAAACUGCCAUUGAAAAGUCACUAGAAGAACCAAGCGAGAACAUCUUAGAAAACACAGAUUCUAUGGAGACGGAUGAAAUAAUUCCAAUUUUGGAAAAGCUGGCCCCAGCUGAAGAUGAACUAUGUUGUUUUUCUAAAACUUCCCUGCUUCCAGUGGAUGACACAAGCCCAGAUUUGGAAGAUAAAAUGGAGAACUCUUUGGGUUCACCAUCCAAACACGAAAUCAGUGAAAGUUUGCCCAAAGAAGCUUUCUUAGUACUCUCUGAUGAAGAGGAGCCAUGUGGUGAGAAAGAGGAGGAUGCUGAAGUGGUAAUACCAAACAAGACAAGUUCUACAGAAGAGGUGGAAGAGGAGGAAAAAGAAAGCAAGGAACAGGAUAAAGAGAGAGAAAAGGAAGAGCACAAAGAAGAAGAGAGACAUCCAGAGAGAAGUGAAGUGUCAAGAAGGAAGCGUUCCAAAUCAGAGGAUAUGGACAACGUACAUUCUAAACGUCGUCGGUACAUGGGAGAAGAGUAUGAAGCAGAGCUCCAAGUAAAAAUUACAGCCAGAGGGGAUAUUAACCAGAAGUUGCAAAAGGUUGUCCAAAGGUUGUUAGAGGAGAAACUCAGUGCCCUGCAGUGUGCUGUAUUUGACAAGACUUUGGCAGAUCUGAAAACACGAGUAGAGAAGAUAGAAUGUAGCAAGAGGCAUAAAACUGUGCUUACUGAACUACAGGCUAAAAUUGCUAGAUUGACAAAACGUUUUGGAGCAGCCAAGGAGGAUCUGAAGAAAAAACAGGAAAAUCCACCAAACCCACCUCUGUCUCCAGGGAAAGCAGUGAGUGAUACAGGCAGCAUCAGCAACCUAACCUAUCGAAAUGCCAGCACAGUGAGACAGAUGCUGGAGUCCAAGAGAAACACAGGAGAGAGCACAUCAGCACCUUUUCAGCCCCCCAUGAAUGCAGUAUCUGCUCCCAGUCUUGCUGCUCCUCAGACAGUGGUCAGUGGACAGCCCAAACCUCAGACUCCUGUGACCUCCAGCUCCUUGACGACAUCAGUUCUCCCUACAGCCAACACAGCUACAGUAGUUGGCACCACACAGAUGCCCAGUAGCAACACUCAGCCCAUGUCUGUCUCACUGCAGUCUUUGCCAGUAAUUUUGCAUGUUCCGGUUGCAGUAUCCUCCCAGCCUCAGCUCCUGCAAGGCCACGCAGGGACUUUGGUCACCAACCAGCAGUCAGGCAAUGUUGAAUUUAUAUCUGUGCAAAGCCCAUCUACUGUUGGUAGCCUUGCCAAAACUCCAGUGUCUCUGGCAUCUUCUAACCCAGCUAAACCAAAUAACAGCCCUUCUGUGCCCAGCCCUGGUAUUCAGAGGAACUCUCCGGCCAGUGCUGGGCCGAUAGGGACAACACUGGCAGUACAGGCUGUUUCUACAGCACAUCCUGUUGCCCAAGCCACAAGGACUACUUUGACCACAGUGGCUACUUCAGGACUGUAUAAUCCUACCAGCAAUCGGGGUCCCAUACAGAUGAAGAUCCCACUCUCUGCAUUCAGUAGUCCAGCUCCCACUGAACCAAGCACCAUCACAGCACCUCGAGUUGAGAGCCAGACAAACAGACCACCAACUGAUGCUUCAACAAAUAAGAGACCAACUGAGAGCACAGCACAGCUCUCAGAACAAAAAGUAGUUCGCAGUGUGCCGUAUACCUGUGGCAUAUUUGAUGGUACAACUUUGAUCAAUUGUUUCGAAAACCAGUUGAAACAGGAAGAGACUUCAUCAGACAGUAAAGAACCAGUAGAAGCAGCACAGAUGAAUUUUAACUUCCCUGAAGAUGUCCUGUUUGGCUUGGAGGAGGAGGAAGAGGAUGCUAAGAGCAUCAAAAACACCCACAAGCAGACUGGCUGGGCUGCUAAUCUACUAAAGCAGUGGCUGGCUAAAAAUGGCAAGGAUCCUAGCUUUGAAUUGGUGCCAGUAACUGAACUCAAUGAUAUUUUAAGAGAGUUUUAUUACACAAUAAGGAACCAUGAUGGAAAUACCUACAGUGUGGCAAGUUAUAAGUCCAUGCGUGCUGGCUUGAACCGGCAUCUCAAAAUGCUACCCUAUAAUCGUCAGAUUUGCCUAAUGAAGGACAAAGAGUUUGCCAGUGCUAACAUGGUGUUUGUGAGUGUGUUGAAGAUGCUGCGCAUGCAGGGGAAGGAUGAAACUCACCACCACCCUCCCAUAGCAGCUGAGGACUUACAUAAGAUUAAGCUGUCUGGUGUGCUGGGGUUACAUAGUCCUCUGGCACUAGUCAACAAGGUAUGGUUUGAUUUGCAAUUACAUUUUUCCAAACGAGGGAGGGAACUCUUAAGAGACUUGGCUCCAGAUGCCUUUGUUGUUGAGAAGGACAAGAAUGGGCGACGAUAUGCUAUGUUUAGAUAUCCUGGCAAAGGGAGAAAUGCAGAAGACCCCCAUAAAAUGGGUAAAAUGUACGAUAUGCCAGGAGACCCAAACUGUCCUGUUUUUUCCUUGGAGCUUUAUUUGUCUAAGUUGCCACCUGAACCUCCUGCCUUUUACUUGCAUCCGUUAAAACUAACGACAGAGCAGAUGGGAGAGCAGCCUGUCUGGUACAAACGGGAACCUAUGGGAGUGAACUACUUGGGUACAAUGAUGCCCAGGAUAAGUGUGGCAGCCAGGCUGUCCAAACGAUAUACCAAUCACUCUCUCAGAACUACUACCAUCCAGUUACUAUGUGAAGCAGGACUGGGGCCCAGAGAGAUCAUGGCAGUGACAGGCCAUCACUCUGAGUCUGCUAUUAGACAUUACUGGGGAGCUGCAAAAAUUCACUACAGGGCCUGGUCGGAUAUAAUGGAGAGUAACACUCCCAAUUAUCUCUAUAACACUAUUCCAAAUGAAGUGGUAAAAGAACCAGUAUCUGAUGCUUCCACUUCUUCCAUAAAACAUGUCAUUUUAGAACAAAGCAAAAUGCCUUUACUUCCUAAGAAAUCUGUUGUACCUGCCAGCAACCAUGUGACACCCAGCACUAAUGUGACUUUAAUCCCUGGGAGACACGUGGCUCUGAGUUCUAAAAGUCAUGUGAUGUUGAAACAUAGCUCUUCCAAGGUGCCUCUUCUGAAGGACAUAACCAGUGUGACUACCAGUGCUCUUCAAGGAUGCUGUAGUGAACCUGUGUUUAUAAACUGUGUGAUAAAACAAGAACCAAUGACUUGACACAUCUAUAAAAGGAAUCAGUUGAGAUUCAUUGCUAAGGUAGAAAAAGGAAAACUUCUCCUGUUGAUUGAAUUUAUUUUGUACUUGGGGCAUUAAGGAAAUUUCUUACUGCUUAGUUCAGCAAGAAGUAUCCUGCCUGUGCCCCCUGAAGUGAGCUGUGAACAGAAAUUUUGAAAGAGCAAGGCUUGGAGUCUGCAUGACCUUUUACAGCAGCUGGGACUAAAGUUGGUCAAGCACAGUCUUUAAAUAAUGCCAUCUUCAGUAAGUGUUGCUUUAUAUCUUACACUUAUGGAGAGGGUGUGUUUAUUGUUACACCAUCUUGUGCCUGCUGGCUAUGAUGUAGCCUUUUACAAAGAGGAGAAUACUGAUAAUUAAGAGGAGUGGGCACAAAUACACUACAGGUAUUUAUACAUGCACUAUCACACAAGCAGUUAUUUGAUCACCUUCUUUCUUUUUCUGUCCAAAUUGACUUCAUCCUUAUUAGGACAAGGAUUGGGAUUAUUCUGGUUUUAGCACACUUCUAAAUUGACUGUCAUAUAUUUGUCCUGAUCUGGAGAGUUUGAGAUUUAUUUCUUAUUUUACACUUCUACAGGUCUCCUCCUUCCCCUUGCAUAGUUCUAGGUAAAGGAAAAGUUCUUAAACAUUCUCGUCCCCAAAGGCACUUCAUGAUAACUGAUAUCAAAAUGCACAGCCUUCUACUGAUACACGGAUCAGGAGGGAAAAAAAAUCUUAUAGCAACUGCAAAGGAAAUAGAACAGCCCCAUGAAAUGCAUAUACAAAUACAGCUGACAUGCUGUUUGUUUGCGUGUGUGCGCGUCUUAACUAUUUGUAUAUCUCUCCUGUACUGGAUUUCCAUCACAUUUCACAUUAUCCCUGGAAGGAUGUCUCCUGCACUUAACAGGAGUCGUGAACAUUUGACUCUGUUUCCUCCCCUUUCCACAACUGACCGUAGCAUUUGGUCAGCAUAUGCAAAUUAAGAUAAAAUUAUUAACCUACAUGUUCAGUGCAGUAUAAUCUUCCAUCAGAUUCCUUCACCAAGAGGAAGUGUGCCAGGAAAUUUUGUUCUCUCCCAACCUAUCUUAGAAAUUACUUAGUUCGCCCUAUGGACUUACCAUUAGUCACUGCCUGAUUGCGGCAAGUUAAUCCUAUCAUUGCAUUUCACAAAAAAGGGGUUUCUUACAGGCUACAAAUUUAGCACCUGCCAGUGAAUGUGUUAGAAAUAAGUUAUAAAUGCUGCUUCAGCAGUGAAGAAGAGUAGGAAUUGAAAGGAGUAGGAGGAGUUAAUUUUAAAUGAGCCAUCCUAGAGAACUUAACCCAAUGACUUUAGUACCUCUCACUGCCCUUUCCAUUAAUUUUCUUAUAAGGACAUUGGCAAAGUAAAGAUCGUGUUUGAAUUUUUUUACCUAUUGUAACGUAAUACCUAAGAUUAUGAUCAAUGAAAGAUAAGAAAAAAUAUUUUUUACUUUGUGUAUUUGGCAGAUUUUUUGUGUUUAGUCAAUCAGUUGCACAUGUGUUAGUGUUCAAUAGGGGAGAGAGGAUAAGAUAUUUAAAUGUGAAAAAUUGAUUGUAAAACCACAAAAAAUAGCAGACACACUUAGGAAGAAAGGAAAAUGUAGUAUUUAAAACUAUCUCUAUUUUUUCUUAAACUAAAAUUCAAAUUGACUUUAUCCCUUGGGGGAGGAGUGUGUGCAUGCGCACUUAGCUUAAGCCCCCGAAGAACUUCUCUGUCCUGAUCUAAACUACUAAUGAAGUGCUUACACAGAGUAAUGAAGGAUACUAUAAAUAAACCCUAAGUUAGAUAGUAACUUCACCAUUAUUAACUCCUAACUCACAAAAGGACUUUCUUGCUGGAAAGACUUUCAAGUAUCUAAUGGGUUCUCUAGAUGUCUCGAACAGAAGACUUAGGUACUAGAAACCUCUUGAGUUCUAAUCCUGAAUCUGACAGUGACUCCCUUUGUGGCCUUGGGCAAGUUGUUUAAACUCCCUGCCUCUGUUUCCCGGUCUGUAAAAUGAGUCCAUAAAGCUCCAUUUCCUCAUGAGGCAUGUUAAGGAUUAAUUAGUUUGAAAAGUGCUUUAAAGAUUAGAAAUACUAUUUAAAUUUUAAGUAUUAUGUUCCUUUGUUUUUUCCACUUGCCUUUUUUCAUGAUGGUCCUGUCUCUUUUGCGGAUUGUCAGAAUAUAGUUGUUUUAAAUGACUGCUGUCCAACUGUCUGCCUUCCAUUUAGCACGUUGUAUUUAUGACUUUAGUGGGUGGUUUUCAACCUAUUUACCAUUGUGUGCUGCAUAGGCAGCUCUCCCUCUUAUGUGAGCCAUAUCCACACAUAUAUGUACUACCUGCAUGGCUCUGAGGAUGUCACAUGUACCACAGCUGUAUACUGGUUGGGCCACAGGUUGAGAACCACUACAUUAGUGACUCCCGUAGAAACACAGUAGACCCAGUAUUAUAAUUUUACUGUAGGAUGAAGCAAUUCAAGCGGGGGUGCAAAGGAGAACAAUUGUUUCUAAUAUCUAGAAAGAGGGAAAACUAAAAAUUAAGGGACAACCUGAACUCUCAUAAUAUAGGGAAACCAUGCAGUAGGCUACCCCAAGGCAUAGGAAUACUAAAGAAUUUGAGUAAAUUAAGGUCCUAAAUAAGGGAUUCAUAAAAAAAAUUUAAAAAUCACGGUUCUGUUGGACUAGCAAGCUGAAUUGCUUCUUCUAAAAGCGCUUUGUCCAAGUUUACACAAGAAUGAAAAUAUAUGUGUAGCACUUUCCAGACUACCCUUUAUAUAAGGGGGAAAAAAAUUUCUCAUCCUUAUAAUCUCAGGUAGUUCUGUGCUGUGACUUAUCUAUAGUUACAGAACAACUGUUUACUUUCAACUUGAACAAUAUCCAACAGAAACAGUGCUAUUGACCAAAAAAAAAAAAUCUUCCCUUUUGUCCCCUUUGCUGCUUAUUGUGGUCAUACUUACCUACAUGCCCUGUUCUGGUCUUACUGCAUUUUGUGUGACUUACUGUAAAGGCAUGCUGCAAGGCUAAUGGUUUCACUCGUUGGUACAAUAAAAGUACAUUUUAAUUGGACGUCUAUUGCAACCACUCCUGUGGGGAGGAUUUUUGAAUAGCUUUUAAUUGGCCAAUUUCUAAAACUCAGUUUGUGUUUUUUUCCCAUUUACUAUUCAUGCCAUAUUUUCAACAUUAAUUUGACUCCUGUUAGUUUGAAACUGUUGAUUGCAGUAUGACUAGAUUUUUAUCUUUUCCUGUGUGGGAAAAAUUUCAGAAGUGGAAAAUGCUGUUUCUGGUUGGAACAGGAGUAAGUAUCUUGUUUGAAAGUGGGUUAUUGCUAAAAAAAAUUGGUAUAAAUUUUAAUUUAUUUCAAACCUUUCUUAGCUGAAACAGCCACUCUACCCCAUUAGAAAUUAAAUGGGUACCACCAAAGUUCUGUUUUUCUUUCUAAAAAGCUGAGAUAGAGGAGCAGGAUGAUAGCUCAUGAUAUGUAAUAGGAUAUAUAGAACAUUUUAUUUCUGUUGAUAGUUCAGAUAUGAUCAUGGUGAGGAAUAAGCAAAAUUGUGUUUUAUAUGAGAGCUAUUUGGUUUCCGUUCAGUUCUUUGUGAUAUGUGUCCACAUCACAGAAGUGAUCAACAUUUAUGCUAAUUGGCCUCCUUAUUGUCAGUGUCAGCAGAGAGAUGAAGGAAAAGGACAUGAAGACUGAACCUACCUAUUCCCCUUCUAUAUAGUUCACAAAAGACAAGACGGAGAUAACUGUUUUCAAGUACAUAAAAGGUUGUUGCAAGGAGGAGGGAGAAAAUUGUUUUUCUUAACCUCUGA